AGCUAAAGUGAUGGAGAGCUUAUGAGAGUUCCGGAUCGUUUUUAAUCGUGCUAGCCCGCGAGGCUCCCCAGCUAGUUUGGAAGCUAAUUUGAACGUUAGCCACAUUAAUGCUAAAUUUAGCACUCAGUGUAACGAUACGUAUAAUAUUAUAUAGCUACAACUAGCGAGCGGGGCUAAACAAGCAUUUUGUCAGGCUACCAGUCAAAGAACAUGUAAUAUCUGUUCACACGGUGUUAUAUUCUGACUAUAAUGGUCAAAAUGGCAGAGCUAACAACACUAGAGAGCCUGCUGGAGAUGGGCUUUGAAAGAAACAGAGCAGAGAAGGCGGUGGCCAACACAGGGAACCAGGGAAUAGAACAAGCCAUGGACUGGUUAAUGGAACAUGAGAACGACCCAGACAUUGAUGAGCCCUAUGUGCCGCCUGUGGGGAACGUCCUGGGAGGAGAAACAGACAGCCAGCCUACCACAGAACAGCCAACACUAGCAGACACCGCUGAAGGGACAGCAGGUGGAGACGGUAGCUACAAUGUUGACGAGGAAAGUGCAAAGAGGCCAAUGACAGAGGAGGAGAGACUUGAGCAAGUUAGAAGGCUCGAGGAGCUCAUGCGGGUGAAGCAGGCGGAGAGAAGAGAGCGAGAGCGGGAAGAAGAGUUGGAGAGGGAGAAGCAGCGGAGGAGACAGGGCCAAGAGCUGCAGCAGAUUCGCCAAAAGCUGCAGGACGAUGAUAUGAAAAAACUGACUGAGCAGCGCAGGAGAGAGAAGAUGGAGGACAAACUGGCAAGGCAAAGGGUUAAAGAAAAGAUAGCACGAGACAGAGAGGAGAGAGCACAAAAGUUUGGAGGCGGUGGACCACCGAGCACGGCCGCAUCGUCCCAACCUGCCCAGCCCAGCCCCUCAUCACCCACCAGUCACGGCCCUCCACCCACUAAGAAGGAGUAUGAUGAGUCCAGGAUACAGGUACGUCUGCUGGACGGCUCGACCAUCACAGCAGUCUUCAAGGCCCAGGAGCCGCUGGCGGCAGUGCGCGUCUACGUACAGAUGAACAGCAACACGCCUGAGGGACAGGACGUCACGCUGCUGUCGCCCUACCCCCGUCAUGAAUACACCGAACUGGACAUGGAGAAGCCCCUCAAAGAAUUGGGUUUGGUGCCUUCAGCUGUGCUGGUUGUUACCAAAAAGUGAGAUCAGGAGGAUCUGCUCUGUGAGCCUACCUCGCCACUUCAUCAACACGAGAGACACCCGAAACAGAUUGAUCCAGGAAGAGAGCCGCAACCUUUUCAGUAUCACCCAUUAAGCCAGCUAACUGAACUAAAGCAGUGAAUUGCAGUUCGAGGCUGUGUUCAGAUUGUGUAUAGCUACUUUUAAGAAGUUUUGGAGAAGUAACAAUGAAAAAAACGGUUUGAUUCACUCACUGAAUGAUGCCUUAUGCCAUUCUGGGCUUGACUGAUUACACUUGACAUAGAUUGGUUUGUGUGCAGUGAGAUGGACAGUUACUUUUACUUAUUCAAGAACAAAGUGAAGAUAGCUGGCUUCUGAUGGGAUACUGCUUCAUGGUUUCAACAACACAUUUAUAAAAAACGAUACAGAACAAAAUCUGUCAAUUUUAACCUGCUCCUUGCAUAGCAAAGUACCAUACAAGAGACGUACUUGAUUGGUUCUGAAAGAGCCUUAAAUUUAAUCCACACGAUCUUCCUGAUUUUGUGACAUUCUACUUUGCCAGUUUUUUUUUUUUAUAAGUUAAAAUAUAUUGACAGUUAUGUCUGCAUAAUCACCAAGAAUCAACUUAAAAUAAAGCUGACUCAGAGA